UCUCUCGCGUGGCGGUUUUACGACCAAGUUCGCGCGUUCUCUCUCGCUCGUGCGCGCCCCACACCAAGCAACGGCGGUGGUCGUUGCGUUCGUGAUUCAAAAUGUUUCAGACAGCCUGGUGUGUAGUUUGAUCCAGGUGCACACGAUAGUUCGUUGCUAUGGCUUCCGUAUCCGGCGUACUGAAGUAGAAGCAAACGGUGGUACAGUGACCGAAGUUGACAUCUUUGGGUACGGCGUACUUCGAGUCGAAUCUUCAGAACCAGUUUUGCGCUGACCCUACGGCUACGACGAUCGCUUUGCGCCUUCUAGCUCGUGUGAUAUCCGUGUGUUGCAACAUGAUUCAUUCGAACGUGCUGGCCGUGUACGAUGCUGUGUUAUGAUGAGAUCAUAACUUACCCUCGCCGAAGCAUAUACGCAAUGAGGUAAUGCGUUAUUUCUAAGUCCCACACAAGGAAUGCAUACGGCUUCAAAUCCAUACGGCGUCAAGGACGGGCCAGUUUUAAUUUAUUCAUGGCGGUGCGGCUGUGUUUAUUGUUGAUUUAGCAGGCUGGCCCAAAAUAAUACAAAAACAGGAAAAAUCCAAGCGCUCGUUGGUGGAGCGUGCUGCUGCUGGUGCUCGUAAAGCCAGUAAAAUCAGAGCAGCUUGGUACAGUUAAAAAUUGCACCCAUCGCGACCAAAACCAUGACCGUGCUGUGCUCCCAUCAUCGGAUAGUUGAGAAGGAACCGUCCAAAGUGAAUCCCCGCUGGAGAUCAUGCACCGUGUUUUCGCUAUUGCUAAUUGUGUCGUCGUGUUUGGUGGUUAGUUUUAGUUUGCAUGGUUUAAUUGCUGAGUACAAGAACCAUUGCUUGCUGAAGGCAAACCUCCAUAUCGUCGAGAUAGCGGGCGAUAAUGAAACGACUUCCGGUGGAACGAAUGAAACAGUUGCACAGUAUGGUAUCGACGAAUAUUGGAGCACCUGGAACAGUGGAACGUACUGCGACACACUGAAAAAUAUGCCACUCUUUCAGGGUAUAUGUUGCAUUAUAUGGCUGGCAUUGUUCCUCGUUCACGGGCCGGGAGGGAUCUUACCACAACCCUGGCGUAUCGUGUUUCCAUCACUAAUAUUUUUCCUAGCCUGCUCCAUAGUGUCCUUCGUAACGGCCAGCUUGAUUACCGAAGGACUUACGCAUCUGUGCAGCGAGUUUCAAAAGGUGGACACCGUGCGCGGCCUGAGCUGUGCCCGGCUAAUAGUUUACUUUUCGCUCGUUCAGGACAACACAACGCUUGUCCGGGUGGAUAAAAACUUUUUCCUAACGCUCGUCUUUUCCUGGAUAUGGUUUGGUGCUACCGUGCUGGGAUUGUUCAUCAUACUGCUCCGGAUUCUGCUUAUGCCAGACUUUGAGCUGUUCCGGGUGGUGAUUUCGAUGCACGGUGGACGCAAAGAUCUUCCCAUCCUUCCGACAAAAGCGCGUACCAGUUGUGAUAGUACCGUACUUUGAAGUUUGCUUUUGGGGAAUAAAUUUUGACCAAGUGUACCGUAUGUGUGGGUUUGUCGUGUUCAUAUGGUGCCGAGUCGUCAGGUUUUACUGACCUAGGUUUAGAGCGUUUUCGUUGAAACUAUUCUUUAAGUGAUUUUCACAAAUUAACAUAAAAUAAACUUUUCAUGACUGCUUAAA